AUGGCUGCGGGCUGGGGGGACGCUGCGUGGGCUUUGACGAAGUCGAAUUUCUCCCGUUCUCGCACCGCCGAACGUCGUCGUCUUCAGUCCCAUUUUCUUUCCGACAACCCCCAACCUCACAACACCGUCACCAUGGAGAACGAACGCGGAGAGCUUGUCGACCUGUACGAUCCCCCAUCAUUUCCUGAGACAUCCGCCCUCCCCCACCGAGCAAAGAGCGCGCCCUCGAGCGACAGAAAGAGACACGGACAGAGCAGAGCACAAGAGACCAGAAGAACACCAGUGCUGACAUUUUCUCGCACGCGCAGUUACGUCCCCCGCAAGUGCAGCGCCACCAACCGCAUCAUCAAGGCCAAGGACCACGGCUCUGUUCAGAUCAGCAUCGCCAAGGUCGACGACAACGGCAGAUUCAAUGGCGAGACCCAGGCCUACGCCCUCUGCGGCUUCGUUCGCGCCAUGGGCGAGUCCGACGACUGCAUGAACCGCCUUGCUCAGCGUGACGGCUUCCUCAAGAACGUCUGGAGCGCCAGCCGAUAA